CGCCGCCGCCAGAUCAAAGUCAACGGUGAAACCCAAACCCCCCACAACAAAGGGUGCCAGCCGGCCCGGAAGGAGACGUUCGUGCGCUGGCCCUAAAGGGCGCCAUCCGGAUCUUUAGACCCAGCAUGAGCACAGUGCCCUGCAAAAAACGCGAUGACUAUUUGGAGUGGCCUGAGUAUUUCAUGGCAGUGGCCUUCCUGUCAGCACAGAGGAGCAAAGAUCCAAAUUCCCAGGUCGGAGCCUGCAUCGUGAAUGCAGAAAAUAAGAUUGUGGGCAUCGGGUACAAUGGAAUGCCCAAUGGGUGCAGUGAUGACCUCUUGCCUUGGAGGAGGACAGCAGAGAACAUCCUGGACACCAAAUACCCUUACGUGUGCCACGCCGAGCUGAAUGCCAUCAUGAACAAAAACUCGGCGGAUGUGAAAGGCUGUACCAUGUAUGUCGCCUUGUUCCCGUGUAAUGAAUGUGCUAAGCUCAUCAUCCAGGCAGGGAUAAAAGAAGUUAUUUUCAUGUCUGAUAAAUACCACGAUAGCAAUGAGACAACAGCAGCGAGGCUCAUGUUUGAAAUGGCCGGGGUUUCCUUCAGGAAAUUCACACCAAAGUGCAGCCAGAUUGUCAUUGACUUUGAUUCAAUUAACAGCAGAGCGAGUGAGACACUCCAGUGAGUGACACAUCAUUGCAUCUCCAGAUCGGGAUUAUCCUCUUCUAAGAAGCUCUAAUGCCUUUCAUCUGGAAGUUAUACAGAACUUUUUAAUAGCCAGGGCAUACACGUCCACAUCUAAAGAACAUAAGACCUCCAAUCUUCCCGACUCUCUCCCGUCACCUAGAAUCAGCAUCUGUUGAAAUUACUGAUCGAGGGUUUCAAAGAAAGGAGCUGUGGAUGACAUGUCUCGAAGGUUUGGAGUGGGCACCUUCCCUCCUGUCCCCUGGUUUGCUGGGAUACUGGUGGCUCUGCAGAAGGGCGUCAGCUGUGUGUCGUGCACUGCAUUUCACAGCUGCUCUUCAACACUCCGUGUGCUGGAAGGACUGAUGAAUCAUUGCAGUUGUGUUCCUAGCUGGAUGAGCAGACACCCCAGUCCAAACAUCUGGCUCAAGUGAAGCAUAACGUAUGAUGCCUUUGGGAGAAAAAAAGGGACCCAUAAGGCAUUAGCAUUUAAGCAUUUGCUUUAGGGAGUUGAGGGAACCAACACCCAACCACCUGAAACACCUGGAUGGGGGGGGCCACAUCUGUCCCGACAGACAAUGAGCAUAACUGAGCCUGCGAUUCUUUCUCCACUUCUGCUGACCUGCUACCCACAAGGUAGUGGCACAGUAUCCCUCUGGGGCUGGAGACCUCCAUUGUUUUAUUUUUUGGCUGCCCCUGUGGCAUGCAGAAGUUUCUGGGCCAGAGAUUGAAUCCAUGCCACAGCAGUGACCUGAGCCCCCAGCAGUGACAACACCGGAUUGCUGACUCACUGAGCCACCAGGGAACUCCCAGACCCCUGUUCUUCUCAUCUUUGGUUUGUUGGUGGCACAGACCUGUUACAUUAGUUUUUCUGGAUAAUGAGUAGUUCCCAGAGGAGGCAGCCUGUCUCCUGGUGUCACCCCAGGACCACGUCCUUCCAUGGAGCAGGUGGUAUGGGUAGGGGCUGAGCACAUACCUGCUGUUCCACUGACCAGUAGUGCAGUAGUGUUCAUUUUCAAGGCUGCUCUAGCCUAUCCUAAAGUGAAACGGGAGAGAGCUCAACCCAUCUCCAGGCGUUUCUUCCAGAUCUGUGUGUGAUGGGAGCUUGCUUGUCCUCCUGGCCCCCUGCCGUCCUCAACACAAAUCUCACCCUCCUAAUCGCUGCAAUUUGGGGAAUGGGUAGCCGGGCACCUUGUCUUUAAUCUCAUUUAGUUUUUAUUAGACGUGCUCAGUACUUUUGUUGAGAAAAUGGUUUCUUUAUCCUAAAGAUUAUGACUGUUUAAAGUGCUCUUACAUUUUUAUGAAUUUUUUUUUUGUCUCUGAGGUUUUGUACUCCAUGUUCUGGGGUAUUCGUAAUUUGGCUCCUGACCACAGUUAUUAAAAUCUUAUUAAAAUCCA